AUGGCCCAUGAUCGCGGCGAUGUGUUCGUGUCUUCGAUGAACAGCAUCCAGUGCCUGCUGAAUGCUAGGAAGGAACUGUUUUUGCAAAACACGCAGACGUCAAAGAGAUCUCUUGCUUGGAUUUUGAGGAUCUUGCACUUCAUUGAGCAUUACUCGAUAUUUGUGCUUGACGAAGCGGAUGAAAUCAUGGAUGCUUCCGUUUUGUACAACUUUGACACCAAUGAGCCCGAUGAAAAGGACUGGAAAGUCAUUGAUGUGCUUAUUGAGUGUUUCCUAUUUUUGAGGGACAAAAGGAUAUUCGAAUCGCAAACUGGAGAAAAGAUUGCCAUUUUUGAGAUCAAAGAGCCUCUUACGCCAUCUACUGCCGGGACUUUCAAAGAUAUAUUGAAAAAGGAGCUCAGUCAUAUUUU